AUGGCAAAGUCAGUGGUAGAGGAGUUCCCUUUCCUUAAAGAUGAAGAGGGUCAAGGAUAUGUAAGUAUGUUGUUGUAAAUAUCUGGGGCCAGUUGUAUAAAGGUCGGAUAGCGCUAUCCACAGGAUAGUCAAAUUUUCAACCCGCAUAAAAGUGCUUUAAAAGCUAUAAAACUACUGAUAUAGAGCCCACAAAUGAUAAAAGAAACUCCAAUUUAUAAAUAUAUUAAGAUUUAAUCUGGGUUAUACAAGAAAACAGCCAGUUGAUACAACUGGCCCCUGAAUGUGUAAUGUCGAAUCGAGAGUGUCUUAACGGAGUCCGUCUUGACGCCAUCAUCAGGUUAUAAAGUGGAACAUAAUAAUUAACUGUAUUUCUUUGAAUAUAGGAAGCGUGGUACACAUCAGGAAAGGGAAUUCAUUCUGCUACAGGAUGGUUGGAAGAACGACUCCGAAAUGUAAGGAGAAAGAGUGUUAAACACCGUCCAACUGAAAAAGAUCUGAAUACAGCUUCAACCUCAUUAACACACCUGACAACAUCUUUACCAGGUUGAUUUCGUUCAUUUAAAAUUAUCCUAUUUGGGGUUAAUUUCCAUGAUGGAUAUAUUAAAUUGUGUCUUCAUCUGUUUUCGAAUAGAUCCUGUUUUGAAUGAAUCAGACCAUAAUGGGAUGAAGGAUUGGAUGAAAGCAAACUUAGAACCUUUAUCAACUUUAAAGAACUAUAUGGAAAAAACGGUUUUAAACCGAGCAGAAUGGAUAAGGAAAACCCCAGACCUUCCAAUGCGAGAAGUUAUGAAGGAAUACCCACGUCUUUUCGAUACCCCUGGCAUGGUACUGUAAAAUUUUGAAACAUUCCUGGAAUUAUGUAUAUACAUUAUUUAUACAAAUUCGUUUUUAUUACUAAUAUUUUAGGUGGAAAUAGACUUUAGAACACUAUACGCAGAUGUUGCAAAGAACCUCUUUCUGCGAUUGACACCACCAAUUGUGGAGAAGAUUAUUUCGUAUGCAGACACACAAGCAGAGAAGUGGACAACGUACUUGCACAUGAUUCCAAGGAAUUUGAAAUCUGGUAAGAAAAGUAUAAUAACUAGCUAGUAUAGGAAAUGGUUUCGCAUCAAAGGUCUAAAUUCAGUUUUCAAAUUGAAAGCAGUGGUUCAAAAUAAACUUUAUAGAUGAAGAGAGAAAAAAUGCAGCAAUUGGUCUUCUUCCAUGCGUGUUCCCAACUGGAAGAAAGAAUAGAAAACGAUGUACAAUUGAUGAAGCUUUGAGUGCUUUUAUCGAUUGCCAACCGGUAUGCAUUAUCAUAUGUCAUUUAAAGUAUGAUAACUCGGAACAUUGCGUAUAAAGGUCUAAAAUAUUUCUCAUAUUUAGGUUGGUACAAACAUGCCAAAAUAUUUAGAAGAAGCUCCAAGAUGCCCGUUUGUUUUGGCAAUCGGUAAUCGCUACAACCCAACACAAGUUUUUGUUAUCAUCGAAGGCCAGGGCUUGGAGCAGCCUAAUCUUACGAAGGCAAUUGAUGUUUGUUUUAAAGUAUUUUACAUCCUGGAUAUUAAUUAUCCUUGGCAAUGCUCUUCGUCGUGGGAAUUCAUACAAAAAGUUCUCUAUGGCAUCGAAGAUAAGGUGAAAGGAAAGACAACCCCAGCUGUUGUUGCAAUGAGAGCAGCUUUAAAGUAA